AAAAAGUAAUCUUCCUGGGACUUUUUACUCUAACACUGACUUAUUUCUAUCUAAAUAUCGUUAACUUAUCUUUCCUGCCUCGGGGUGAUGAAACUCGCAACUAUGAGGAUGUGAAUACCAUCACGAGUAGGAACUUUGGAAAGAAGGUGCUUUUUGACACACGUUUUUUGAAGAAACAAGACCCAACAAUGGUCUAGUUCAAUUGGAAUUUCUCUACACAUGUUGUAAAACCAAUCGUACUAUCGACGACCAUCUGUGGUUCGAGAAGAAUAGAAGAGGCCAUCAUCAUGAUGAAAUCUGCUGUGGCAAUGAGUCACAGCCCUUUGCAUUUCGUUAUCAUGGUCAGCGAAGAUGUUAACCUAUUGGUAAUGAAAAAGUUAAGUCACAUUCAGCUGGCAGCCAUGACGACGGUUACGUAUGAAAUACACCUUAUAACAUAUCCAAUAGACGUGACAACAGCCGACUGGGUGGAGAUGUUCAAGUGUGGCUCUACUCAAAGGCUGUUUUUAGGGAGUGCUCUCCCUCAUGUUGAUGCGCUGUUAUAUUGUGACAUAGAUUUAAUUUUUUUACGUCCGGUCGAAGAAUUGUGGCGACACCUAGAGGAUAUGACUGAAAACCAAUCUAUUGCUAUGUCUCGGAAUGCAGAAACAGAGGGAGCAGGAUGGUAUCCAAGCCAUGCUCGUCACCCUUUCUUCUCAACAACAGGAUUGAACGCUGGAGUGAUGUUGUUCAACUUAACCCGUUACCGACAACAGGACCUUGAAGGAAAAGUUGUGAUGAUCUAUGCAAAGUACAAGGAUAUUUUGAAAUAUGGUGAUCAAGACAUACUCAACAUACUUCUUCAUAACCGGCCUGGUCUAGUUAAAAUUCUGCCGUGUGAAUGGAAUUUUCGAACAGAUUUUUGUGACGACACUAAUCGUUGUCAAGAUGCAGAAAAACAUGGUGUCGGUGGUCUUCAUGGAAACAGAAAAAUGUUUUACCGCCGGAAGAUGGAGCCACUACUUGUUGAAAUUUACGAAAGUUUCAGAAAAUUGGAUUUAGGGACAAGUUUUCAAGAACAAGCACGAGCUCAUUUAGAGAAGACUCUGAAAGAGAUAGCUGAUCAAAGAAUAACUCGAUUCGGAAGAUUUAAGUGCAAUAAAUUAUACCAAAUAUUUCUUGUAGGUUUACGUAAUGAAGCAAGAAAACGUGGUUAUUGA